CGAAACAGAGGAUACCGAGGAAGCGACGCAGGGAAGAGCCAGAUCAUGUCCGCCGGCGCCGGAGAAGAGGUGCAGGUCGCUCUUCUCCAUGGAGGCGAUGGCGCCGUCGAUAAAGGCCUAGAUUCAGAGGACCUGGUUCGGCGGACGUGGGUCGAGUCCAAGAAACUCUGGCGGAUCGUCGGCCCGGCCAUCCUCAACCGCGUCUCCGCAGCCACCAUGAACUCCAUCACCCACGCCUUCGCCGGCCACCUCGGCGACCUCGAGCUCGCCUCCAUGUCCAUCGCCAACACCGUCGUCGUCGGCUUCAACUUCGGCCUCCUGCUGGGCAUGGCGAGCGCCCUCGAAACGCUCUGCGGCCAAGCCUUCGGCGCGAAGAAGCUCCCGAUGCUCGGCGUCUACAUGCAGCGCUCCUGGAUCGUGCUGAUCCUCUGCGCCGCCCUGAUGCUCCCCAUGUACUUCUUCGCCACCCCGCUGCUGCUCCUCAUCGGCCAGCCGCCGGAGCUGGCGGCGCAGGCCGGCACGGUGUCCCUCUGGUUCAUCCCGCUCCACUUCUCCUUCGCCUUCCUCUUCCCCCUGCAGCGCUUCCUCCAGUGCCAGCUCAAGAACUCCAUCAACGCCAUCGUCGCCGCCAUCGCCCUCGCCGUCCACGUCCUCGUCACCUGGCUCUUCGUCUUCAAGCUCAAGCUCGGCCUGAUCGGGGUCACCGUCACGCUCAACUUCUCCUGGUGGACGUCCGUGCUCUGCCUCUACCUCUACGUCACCUGCGGAGCCUGCACCGACACAUGGAAGGGCUUCUCCGGCGAGGCCUUUUCCGGCCUCUGGGACUUCGUCAAGCUCUCGGCUGCUUCCGGCGUCAUGCUCUGCUUGGAGAAUUGGUACUACCGGAUUCUGAUCUUGCUGUCCGGGAAUCUGAAAGAAGGUGAGGUCGCAGUGGACGCCAUCUCGAUCUGCAUGAGCAUCAAUGGAUGGGAGCUGAUGAUUCCAAUGGCAUUCUUUGCAGGAACAGGAGUGCGAGUGGCCAACGAACUAGGAAGCGGGAACGGCAAAGCCGCAAGGUUUGCCACCAUUAUCUCAGUGGCGACCUCCUCCCUGAUCGGCUUCCUCUUCGGCGUGCUCCUCCUCUCUCUCCACGACAAGUUUGCCCUCAUCUACUCGUCGAGCCCCACCGUCCUCCAAGCCGUCGACGACAUGUCCAUCCUCCUCGCCUUCACCAUCGUCCUCAACAGCGUCCAGCCCGUUCUCUCCGGUGUUGCAGUUGGAUCAGGAUGGCAAGCCAUGGUGGCUUACAUUAACAUAGGGACAUAUUACUUGAUAGGGCUUCCUGUGGGGGUUGCCAUGGGCUGGUUCUUCGGGCUCGGGGUCGCUGGCAUUUGGGCAGGGAUGAUCGGAGGAACUGCUGUUCAGACAGUGAUUCUGGCUUGGAUCACCAUUAGAUGUGACUGGGACAAGGAGGCUCUGAUGGCGAGGGCUCGCAUGGAGGAAGAAGAUCUCUGCAAGUAAACGCAAAAGAGAGAGGUUUGGACAUGAGGACGGAGUAUUGAAGUGGUGCAAGUAAACACAACAGAGAAGAAAUCAUUAGCAAUAUUGCUAUCUAAUUGUAAAAUAAAAUGGAUUUUCAUGUAUCUAUAUCUGUUUUUUUGUUUAUUAAUUAGCGCUUUGUUUACUUGGAAGUUAGUAAACAAAGCAGUUAUGAAAAAUAAUCUCGAAUUGAUUUCAAUCCGUUAAGAUU